AUGUGCAGUACGCAAAGUGGAAGAAUGGAGGUUGAUUCAAAUGUUGGUGAGAAUCCUUUAAUACAUGAGGGCGAAGACGUUGAAGAACCUAAAAAGGGUAUGCGUUUUAGCUCAAGGGAAGAGAGAAGAUUAGAAAUUAAUGAUCAAGCAGGGAUUGGGGUGUCUAGGAACUUUCAUUCAAUGGUUGUUGAAGCGGGGGGAUACGAGUCAUUGACAUUUGACGAGCGAGAUGCAAGAAAUUACAUUGAGAGAGCUAGAAGGUUGAGGCUUGGGAAAGGUGAUGCCGAAUCACUUCAAAGUUAUUUUAUGAGGAUGCAAGCACAUAGUGAGAGAUUCUUUUAUGUGAUUGAUGUUGACGAGGAGUUUCGCAUUAGAAACUUGUUUUGGGCUGAUGCAAGGAGUCGGGCGACUUAUGAAGCACUUGGAGAUGUCGUUUCAUUUGACACAACUUAUUUGACGAACAAAUAUGACAUGCCAUUUGCUCCAUUUUUCGGAGUUAAUCACCAUGGACAGUCCAUUUUGCUUGGUUGUGGAUUGUUGUCUAGUGAAGACACUAACACAUUUGUUUGGCUAUUCAAGUCAUGGUUAAGUUGCAUGUCAAAUCAUCCGCCAAAAGCUAUCAUAACUGAUCAGUGUAGAGCUAUGCAAAAUGCUAUAGAAAUUGUGUUUCCACAAGCUCGACAUCGGUGGUGCUUAUGGCAUAUCAUGAAGAAAAUUCCGGAGAAGUUGAAAGGAUAUGCUCAAUAUGAAGCCAUAAAGUUGGCUAUGCAAAAUGCAGUUUAUGACUGUUUGACAAGAGCUGAAUUUGAGAGUAAAUGGGAAGAGAUGCUUGUAACAUUCAAUCUUUAUGAUAAUGACUGGUUGGGGGUACUAUAUGAUGAGCGGAAUCGAUGGGUACCUGUCUAUGUUAAAGACAUUUUUUGGGCUGGCAUGUCAACUACACAACGAAGUGAAAGUAUGAAUGCGUUUUUUGAUGGAUAUAUAAAUCCAAAAACUACAUUGAAGUAA